GAGAGCACCUACCGUACCGCCGGAUAUCGCCGCGUUUUAAAAAUGUCUUCAAAUCUCAGUCAUCUGAAGUGCAAUAGCAAAGUGCUCACUGGGGAUCAUAAUGAUCAAAAGCACUGGAUCAAAAAAAUGGGUGCAAGAGCACAUCUUAGGGCCAUAGGUUAUAAGGAUGAAGAUUUUGCAAAACCCAUCAUCACUGUAGCUUGUUCUUACAGCAAUAUUCUUCCUUGUAAUUUCCAUUUUAGAGAGUUAGCAGAUCAUGUUGUGCAAGUUAUUGAGUCUCUUGGAGGCAAAGCGUGUCUAAGCUAUACACCUGUCAUCAGUGAUGCAGAGACAAUGGGAACUGAUGGCAUGAAGUAUUCACUGAUAUCACGUGACUGGAUUGCUGACUGUGUGGAGAUCAUGUAUCGCGGAUACACUGGGGAUGCUAUUAUUAGUUUGGCUGGCUGUGACAAGACAAUCCCUGGAGUUAUGAUGCCACUAGCAAGGCUGAAUGCUGCAGGUGUAGUUGUGUAUGGUGGAACAAUGCCACCAGGCUGUGGAAAGAAGGACUGUCAUGAAAACCUUAGUGCUGGGAGUCCAUUUGAGGCYCAGGGUGAAUACAGCAAAGGUUUGAUUGACAUGGAAGACUURUAUGAUAUYGAAUGUCACUCAAUACCAAGGGCAGGAGCUUGUGGUGGAAUGUUUACAGCUAAUACAAUGUCAUCUGUAGCAGAAGCACUAGGGCUAACUUUACCAGGAAGUGCAUCAGGUGUUGCUGCCGAUGAAAGCAAUAAGCCAACAGAAAAGAAGAAGAAAGARUGUGAAGAGGCAGUUAARGCUUUAUUUGCAUUGAUGGAGUCUGGACUCAAAACUAGGGAUAUCUUGAGCAGAAAGGCAUUUGAGAAUGCUAUUACAGUGAUGUAUGCAUUAGGUGGGUCAACCAAUGGMGUUCUUCAUCUUCUUGCUCUUGCACAUGARGCUGAAGUCAAACUUGAAAUAGAAGAUUUCAAUAGAAUUGGUGGUCGAGUGCCCAUUCUUGCCAAUGUCAAACCUCAUGGAAAGUACCAAAUGGCAGAUAUUGACGAGGUUGGGGGACUUCYGAUACUCCUAAAGGAACUCCUGAAAGGUGGGUUUUUACAUGGAGAUCAAAUGACGAUCAAUGGCAAGACAGGAUGUCAUAGCACCACUUGCGGCACCAGUGGCACCAGCCGGUCGACAUAUACUGAUUCUAAAGGGUUCCUUAGCAACAGAUAGCGCGGUGCUCAAACUCAGCGGUAAGGAUGCCACAAAGAGCUUCUGUGGUCCGGCCAUGGUGUUUGAUGGUGAACAAGAAGCGUACAAAGCAGUCAUGAAUGGAAAGCUAAAGGCAGGUGACGUUCUAGUGAUACGUUAUGAAGGACCGAGUGGAAGUCCAGGAAUGCCAGAAAUGUUAUCACCAGGCGCAGUGCUUGUUGGCGCAGGACUAGGAACUAGCGUCGCUUUGGUGACCGAUGGACGAUUCAGUGGUGCUUCUCAUGGAAUAAUGAUUGGUCACGUGUCACCAGAGGCCCAGAAAGGUGGACCAAUCGCAUUGGUUGAGGAUGGAGACAUGAUUACGAUAGAUCCAGCUAAAGGAGCCUUGAAUUUGGAGGUGAGUUCAGAGGUUUUGGAGGCUCGCAAGGCACGAUGGACUGCUCCCGAUAGGAAGUUACCCGGGCUAUUGCAGAAGUACUCAAAUAUCGUAUCCAGCGCACAUASAGGAGCUGUUACSUAUUAGSGCCUGGUGCUCAAAUAGUCAAAAUUACUAAAGUCUGAAUAGARUCCACUAAACUAUGGGUUGUCAUAAAUCCAGCGUUCUGAUAGGCUACUGAGCUAUGGUCUAUUUAUGAUAGACCAUGUCGCAUUGAAUGAAGCCAAAAUCAACUCGUAGUACUCCACCGUGAAUGUACGGGUUACAUUCAUCUUUAAAUGGAAUAAACAGACAGAAUAAUUACACACCAUAGGUACAUCAUUGUACGAUAAAUAUUUGUUAACAUAUAAAUAAAUCCUUCAAAUGUG